GCGAAGUCUGCGGGAGUUGUAGUCUUGCCGCUUCCCGUACACCGUUGGCAGCGCUCUGCAUGCUGGGAGAUGUAGUUUCUCGCGCUGAUUCUGCACAGUGUUGUGAGGCCGAGUGGCAGGACUCAUCUCAUGUGUACUCUUCUCACCGGUGUACCCGAGCCAUGCACUGACUGCUGCUGACAGGAUUACAACUCUUUUCUUGUGCUGCUAGCAGCAAUGGAUGCUCCAUGGCGCCAGGGUGGCAGAGGUCGAGCAAGAGGUCGAGGUAAUGCUAUCAAUGGAGCUCCUUCUCCAGCUCCGGGCCCAGGACCUGCCAGAAAUGCUGCCUACUCCAGAGAAAAUGAAAACAGUGUUUCCAGACCUGGUCCUGGAAGAGGGAACACCUCCUAUGCUUCUGUAAGCAAGCCCCUGAAUGCACAGUACGCAAGUGAAGUUCAUGUGGAUAGAUCAAAGAGGAAAUUUGAAGAGAUCCAGAAAGCCAAUCAGGCAGUGGUGAGAAAGAUUGUGGAAGACAAUUACAGCUCAUCAGAUGAAGAUGACGAUGGGGAUGAAGACGCUGAAGGGAAACAGAAUCAAAUAUUAGAUUUAACAUUUACAACCUACACAAACCAAACAGAUGGCGAUGUCACUGAAUUGGCACGCACCAAACAGUACCUGAGCGAGGCUUUUCAGUCUGGAGCUGUGACUUGCUUGAUAUGCAUUGCUUCAGUGAAGAGAAACCAAGCUGUCUGGAGCUGCUGUGCCUGUUAUUGCAUAUUUCACAUGCCGUGCAUCCAGAAAUGGGCCAAGGACAGCAUAUUCCUUGUUUCUUCACCGCUCACAGAUGAUGACUUUGAAAAGAAAGAUUACCCUUGGCCGUGCCCAAAGUGUCGAUUUGAAUACAAGCGAUCCAAGACUCCUGCAAGAUAUUACUGUUACUGUGGUAAAGUAGAAGACCCACCACUGGACCCGUGGCUUGUACCUCAUUCUUGCGGCCAAGUUUGUGAAAGAGAAUUUAAGCCAUCUUGUGGUCACAAAUGCUUGCUCUUGUGCCAUCCAGGACCUUGUCCACCAUGUCCAAAGAUGGUCACCAUCACUUGUUUUUGCAAGAAGGCAAAGCCUAUUCCCCGAAGGUGCAGCGCCAAAGACUGGUCCUGCCAGCAGACGUGUGGGAGGAUGCUGAUGUGUAGGCAACACAAGUGUGAAAAUCCCUGCCAUAAAGGAGACUGCCUGCCAUGUCCCAGGGUCAGCAAGCAAAAAUGCCUUUGUGGAAGAAAGGUAGCUGAACGACUGUGUGCAAGUCCAACCUGGCAAUGUGAUGUGGUUUGUGGACGAACUUUACCUUGUGGGAAUCACACCUGUGAGCAGGUCUGCCAUGCCGGUCCAUGUGGCCAGUGUCCUCGUUCAGGGAAUCGUUUGUGCCCAUGUGAAAAAACAAAGUACACCUUGCCUUGUACAGAAGAUGUGCCCACUUGCGGUGAUAACUGUGAUAAGGUUUUGGAGUGUGGAAUACACGAAUGCUCCCAGCGCUGUCACAGAGGUCCAUGUGAAACAUGCAGGCAGGAGGUUGAGAAGCAAUGUCGCUGUGGAAAACACACCAGGCAAAUGCCGUGUCAUAAGCCCUAUUUAUGUGAGACCAAAUGCCCUAAAACCCGGGAUUGCCAGAGACAUCAAUGCAAGAGGAAGUGUUGCACUGGAAACUGCCCGCCCUGUGACCAGCAAUGUGGACGUACCCUGGGAUGCAGAAAUCACAAGUGUCCUUCUGUUUGCCACAGAGGAAGCUGCUAUCCUUGUCCAGAAAAUGUUGACGUGAAAUGUAACUGUGGCAAAACUAUGCUAACAGUUCCUUGUGGCAGAGAGCGCAGUACCAAACCACCACGCUGCAAGGAGGUGUGCAGCCACCCUUCUACCUGCCACCAUGAGACUAGAGAAAAACACAAGUGCCAUUUUGGUCCAUGUCCAACAUGCCGACAGAUUUGUCAGAAAACCUUCAAGAAGUGCGGUCACCUCUGCCCUGUCGCUUGCCAUGAUGAAGCUCUAGUGAAACAGAAAGGAUUGCCUCAGCCAGCCGGUCCUUGGGAGCAGCCCUCUGAACCAGCUUUUAUCCAGACAGCUUUACCAUGUCCUCCUUGUCAAGUCCCAAUACCAACGGAAUGUCUUGGCAAACAUGAGGUAAGCCCAUUGCCAUGUCAUUCUGCUGGUCCAUUUUCAUGUAAGAGGCCCUGUGGACGUUUCCUUGCUUGUGGAAACCACAGUUGCUUAAGAGAAUGUCAUAAAGUGACUGAGUGUAAUGGUAACAAAGAGAAGUCUGGUCCAGAAUGUUUUGUGUGUGAAGAAGCAUGCUCAAAACGUCGACCACAAGGCUGUCCUCAUCGUUGCAAUCUCCCAUGUCACCUCGAAGAUUGCCCUCCAUGUGUUCAGAUGUUCAGGACCAAAUGCCACUGCAAGAUUAGUAAUCUUUACAUCGAGUGCAUAAAACUUACUUUGGCUAAAGAAAAGGAAAAGAAUAUCCUGACUUCGUGCAAAAAUCAGUGUCCAAAAGAGCUGUCUUGUGGACAUCGAUGCAAAGAGAUUUGUCACCAGGGAAGUUGUUCCCUACUGUGUAACCAGAAAGUUAAAUUUCGAUGCCCUUGUCGGAGAAUUAAGAAGGAGUUUCCAUGUAACACCGCACGUGGAGGUCACGUUUCACUGGAGUGUGAUUCCCACUGUUUAGAAAUGAAGAAAAAAGCUGUAGAGAUGAAAGAAAAAGAAGUAAUUGCAGCAAACGAGGAAGAGAAACGCAAACAGCAGGCUGAAUUAGAAGCAUUUGAAAACCGGCUGAAAGGAAAACGGAAGAAAAACAAGAAGAAGGAUGAAGUUGAGCUUCAGCCAUCCACAUGGCAGAAGUAUAAGAAGUAUAUCAUAAUGCCCGUAUGUGGCAUUGUUCUUGCUGUAUUUACAUUGUAUCUGACUCAAGUAAAUAUAUGACAUUUUAAAUUCACAUGUAACCAGGAAAGUAAAAUGACGAGUUGUGUUUCAAGUGAAAAUGUCAUCUUCUAAUUUCUUUACUCAAUACAUAGAAUAUUGUAUUGAACACGUAUUGUGUAAAAUGGAAGAUGAAUUGAGAUAUUGUCUUUUUACAUAUUUCAAUAUUGA